AUGGAUGAAAUAGCAAAAAGCUUCAGACUAAAUGUGACGGCCGUUUCUGAGAGCUGCAACAGAGAGAUCCUGCAACAUAGCUCCGAUGACGCAGGGAAGGACAACGGGAGAACAGUGGUAAUAUGGAAUAGAAAGGACGAUCUGACUAAAGAUGUAUACCUUGAGAAGUCGCAGUCCGGUCAGUUGCGGGUGGUCAAGCAGGUCACCACAACCGACAAGAGCAUCAAUUAUAGGUCGGAGAUAGACCUCAUGGGAAGAAUUUCCCGAGCUACGGACAAGCCGCUUUUCGUCCAAUUCAUCGGGUGGUUCCCGUACAAGAACCAUGUCUGUCUCGCGAUGGAAUAUUGCCCCUACGGCGACCUCAAAAGUUACUACACACGUCCCAUUCCCGAAGCUGAGGCUCGGAAUAUAUGCACACAACUAUUGGACGGCCUAGAGGUGCUGCACAGUCUCGGCAUUGUGCAUCGUGACAUCAAACCAGAGAACGUGUUAGUCUUCCAGAAGACUCCCAUGAAGGUCAAGAUCACAGAUUUUGGAGUGAGCAAGCGUGCACUAGAAGGGCAAACGGAGCACCGAACAGCUUGUGGAACGAUGGGUUUUAUGGCGCCUGAGGUCUUGCAUCUCGUGGACGAUACGAAAGAAGACUCGACGUUUACCAGCGCGGUCGACAUCUGGUCACUUGGGUGCCUGCUCUACUACAUUCUCACCAAGCAGACCCCGUUCAGCAAGUAUGAGCUACUUCGCGACUAUGCCAAGGGCCGCACAGCAUUCCCUGACGGUCAUCUGAAAGAAUACCACGUCAGCCGUCAGGGGCGUAAGUUUAUUGAGAGACUAUUGGAUCCGCUCCCUGAAGCUCGUCCAUCAGCGUCAGCGGACUUGACAAGUUACUGGACUAUCCCAGAUACAGGCGAAGAGUCAAUAUACCCAGAGCCUCCUAGCCCAGGAGAUGCCGAUCCAUCUGGCUUCUCCCGCGCCUUUGGCGACUCAACACAACCGCCAAUCAAUGAUGCGCAAUGGAUUGGCUUUCCCGAUGUUCCGUUUGAGCUGGGUCCAUUAUCAGACAAUGAUAUGGACUACUUCUCCACAGAGCUCUGGAAUUUCGUCAAAUCAGCUCGAACCUUCGACCGAGCCAGUACAGUCAAGCUCCAGGCACUUCUGACAACUCAUGCAAGCCCCAGCAGGCUACACAAUGGCUACACGGCUUUGCACAUCGCCUCAGAAUCUGCCCCAGCGGAGUGGGUCAAACUACUUCUAGAAUACGGCGCCGAUGCCCAUAUCCGCACAGAACCCGGUCGUGAGACUUCCCUACACCUGUCGACCUCCAAAGGCGACCUGGAAGAUUUCACAAAGAAGUCAGAGCUACUACUAGCCAUCCGCGCUGUCCGGGAAGGCAUCAACGCGCAAAAUUCCAAUGGUGACACAGUCCUGCAUCUCGCAAUUGCCCGUUUUGGGACCGUUUCUGCAAUCCAGCCUUUACUCGACGCCGAGGCAUCAACAAAUAUCAAGGGGCGACAGGGGCGCACGCCACUUCUGUACGCUCUUUACCUGGAGCAAGAGGCGGUAGCGACAGAAUUGUUGGACAGAGAUUCUGACCCUCACGCACUUGACAAUGGGGGGUUUUCUGCUCUUCACUAUGCCAUUGCAUCGAGGACCAUCAGUAUACAGUUUAUCAAACGAUUGCUUGACGCCGGUGUCGACGUGAAUUGGAAGAACGAAGACGACCGUACGCCCUUAUACCUGGCCGCCCAGAAAAGCAAACAGGAAGUCAUGCGUCUACUCCUAGACCAUGGCGCGAUUCCCGAGCUUGGGAAUCCACGACUCGAUAUCCGCGUGAACCAGGUUCAGUUUGCAACGAAGAUUGGAUUGAAAUCUCUGUGGCCAUUUUCGUGA